AUGAGCACCGCUUUCCAACCCGCGCUGGCCUCCUACGACAGCCAUGCCAUGCACACCUAUCCGUCCUCGAUGCCCCAAGCCGCCCGGGCAAAGGUGGCCUUGAACGACUCGAGGAACCCCCAAUACUACCGGUACCCCGUCCAGCAGCAAGCCCAGCAAACGCAGCAGGUUCAACACCAAGUUCAACACCAACAGGGGCCAUUCCAGAUGCCCUCAACCUCACAGCCCAGCCUCAGCUCGGUCUCGUCAAUAGCGCAGCCCGGUUCUGUGUCUCGCCACACCACCAAUCCCUCCACCCCCGCCUCGGGAACCAUUGCGAGCUCACAAAAGGAAGGCUCUUCAUCGAGGAGAGGAUCCGAGACUCUGAUUUACCACAGCCUGCAAAUACCCAAGUGCAUCAGCCCCACCGGCGGGAACCUUGCCGACUUUGCUGCACAGAUGACAUGCCUGUUCUGGUUCGAGUCCAUCGAUGAGUUGAAGCAGGCCGAGUCAAUCCGAUCGAGGCCGCCAAACGCUCUCAUCCCCCGAUUGCCAUCCCUGGCCAAGCCUUACGACCAGUUUCGGAAAUGGGUCUACAGCGUCCUGUCUACGACGCAGGUGACGCAGAAUGUCAUCCUACUGGCCCUGCUCUUCAUCUACCGCCUGAAGAUGUCGACACCACAGAUUAAGGGUCGUGCGGGCAGUGAAUAUCGUCUGCUAACGGUGGCCCUUAUGCUGGGAAACAAGUUUCUGGACGACAACACUUACACCAACAAGACAUGGGCCGAGGUGUCUUGUUUUGCAGUGCAGGAGAUUCAUGUUAUGGAAGUUGAGUUUCUGAGCAACAUGCGAUACAACCUCGUGGCAACCAAGGACCAGUGGGAGGAGUGGUUGGACAAGCUGGCCUGCUUCCACGAGUACUACGAGCGAGCCCUCAGAUUGCCCGCUUCGCCGAUUCACGUCCCGUCGCCGACCAACAAGACGUACCACUCUCCAAUCCCGUCGCCUACUGGUACAAUGCACCCUAUCGCCAACCUGCCCGUUACACCCACCAUUACCGCCAUCUCCCCGAUCUCGACUCACUCGCAAAACUGGAAUGCCUACCAGGCCAACACCAUUUCGCCCUUGGCCAUGAAGCCCACUAUCCAGUUCCCCAUUACGCGGAAGCGAAGCCCCGAAGGAGAUGCCCUUGAGCAUCCCGCCAAACGACUCGCUCCCCACCGUGGUCCUCCCGUCGCCGCCGUACCCAUGGUCACUGCGAGACCAAACAACGGCACUAUCGAGACAUCGAGGUUGCCAGUCCCGCAUCUCACCCUUGUCACUGAGCAACCUCAGCCCGUCCAGGCAGCCUUUGCCAACGGUAAUGGAUACUCGCAGCCUGUGCAGCCCAUGGUGGCGGUUCCCCAGGGCCACGUCUCCCUCCCUCCUCUGCAGCCUGGUGUCCGCGCUAUGGCGACUGUCUAUCAGCCGUCACCCGCUACCCUGGUUCAGCAACCAACUCUCCCAGUCACGACAGGUGUCACCAUGGCACCGACCGGCUAUGCGACUCACGCCCCGGUCAACUUCGGCACCCCCAACAAGCACCACAGCCCUGCAAACCUCGGUCACUUCAACUCGUCGCCCCUGACUGAGCACUUUACCCAAGUAUCCGCAGUGCCUACGCCCAUGGUGCAUACGCCAAUCUCCAACUCGCCGAGCGUCUACCUCCAGCAACGGCCCAGCCCGUACAAGCCGGUUCGUCACGUCAACACGCUGUUGUACCCGCCCCCUUCGGCAUCGCUGGACCAGUACCACCUCUCUGUACCUGUCCCACCAGCGCAGAUGCACUACCAACCCCUGGGCCGACGAAACGAUCUCCGGACUGGUAUCGUGCCCGAAUUCCUCGUCUACAACCGGGGCCAACAUCAGCAGCUGCCCCCACAAGGUCUCCCUCAGGGACACUAUCCGUCUUAG